AUGCAGCAAAUGUAUCGAUUUUCGGCAGAAGAAUCAGCGGAACUGAAGCGUCUAGCCGCAGAAGAUCCGAAGAGCUGCUGCAUUGAUAACACACCGGAAAUGUGUCGUCUUCUGCUCCGAUUUGGAGCCAACCCGAACGCUCGAGACACGGAGCGUUGGACACCGUUGCAUGCCGCGGCCACUUGUCAUCACACCGAACUGUGUGCCAUAUUAAUUGCACAUGGGGCUGACCUUUUAGCCAUGAACGCGGAUGGUAAUAUGCCCUAUGAGUGCUGUUUACCCGGGCCAACACUGAGCCUCAUCGAAACGGAGAUGGAUAAAAGAGGCAUCACUCAAGAGGAACUGGACGAUUUGCAUCGUUUACCCGAAUGUGAAAUGCUGGCUGACAUGGAAACAUUGUACAAAAGUGGCGCCGAUAUGAAUACUCUCGACAAACAAGGAGCAGCGCUGCUCCACAUAGCAGCCGCUUGUGGAUACGAGGAAGUGACCAUUUUUUUGCUUAAACACGGUGCGAAAAUCGAUCAGCUCGAUCGGGAUGGUUGGCAAGCGAUUCACAUUGCUGCAUGUUGGGAGCAUUUGGAAAUAAUUGAGAUUUUGGUCAAUUUCGGCGCUGAUAUAAUGGCUGAAACCACUUCUGGGGAGACGGUAUUCGAUAUAUGUGACGAUCUGGAGAUGCAUGCGCGGCUAGUGGAAAUAAAGGAGGAAGCGGAGAGAAAACAAUUUCAACAGCAGGAUGCCCUCAACCGGCCGGAGAAACCGAAAGACGCUUCUAUACGUCGCACGAGUAUGCGAGAGAAAAAGAUGAUCUCUUGGAAGGAAGCCAAACAAGAAGCCGAAAUGCGCGGUGUUGGCAGUUUAGAUCUGGCUGAUGGGGACACCGAACUAGCUCCUCCCGAGCCUGUGAAUCCAACCGAAAUGAACGCAGAGCGUCGCGUUACCAGUCCGCUGACAGUGAAUACGAAUAUUACGAUGGCCCAACAACAACAACCUAGUGUUCGAACCAGCACAUCUGCUGUUUCACCCACUGUUCCUCCUGCCUCCACAAGACAUUCUUCCACUUCCCACAGUCCUUCGGUCACAAGCCCCAAUGUACAGCCUUUGGAAACCGUACAAUCCCCUCGAUCUAAGAGACCAUCUACAGUGUCAAGCAACGGAGUCUUUUCUCCCACUGGAAGUGACUCGUCCGUCUUUAGCAACGGAAAUCGCAAAACGUCCGACAGAAGCUCCACCAAACCGCCCAGGUCUGAGAAACGAGUUACUAGUCCGGAACCGGGAAGCCACAUUGGAUCGAAACGUGGUACUAUGGAAAACGAGCACAAACCGACCAGGCGUGUAACUCCCAGUAAUCCGAACAACGAAGGUCAAUAUACACCGAGUCAGCCGGUACGAACUUUAUCUAAACCCACAGGCUCUGGUAUAGAUCAGACAUUGCACCAGAUGCCCCCGAGCCCAGCAACAAAAACACGUAAUCAUGUGAACGAUCGAUGUUCCAAUCAACCAGGCGGUGCGCUUCGGAACACCACACAAACAGCGUCCUCACCAACUCUUGCUCAUCGGGCGUCGACCCAGUCUCGUCGUGCCAGAAUUUCGGAUUCCACUGAACCGGGGAAAACAGACCCCACAACACCUAAUCUAUCCGCGCACAAUGCCUAUUUCAACCCGGUUCACCAUUCUCAACCAUUGUCACCGAACAGUGGAGGUCACGGUGGUACAGUACAUAGCACUCAGAUAAGACAAACCCGUCCAAGCUACGGUUCCCAAUCGACAGAGCAUGACACUGUCCAGACUACGAAUUUGCCGAGAAAAUCUGUUCGAGAAUUGAUCGAAUACGAUUCAGACAGUAAAAUCAGUGGAAAGUGUUGUGUGGUGAUGUAA